CCAUCUGGCAGCACUGGCCAAAAGUGACACGGCGACAACGAGCUUAAAAGCGAAAGUUAACAAUUAACAAUUAAGAAUUGCUGGCGACCACAGCCAAACACACGAGCCAGAAACUGGAGCCACCCCAACGCUAGGAUGUCGCACGCCAUCGACGAACUGCAGGCGAUCAUCGCUGAUCUGAAGACGGAGCUGGAGACGGAGCCGAAAUCCAGCGUUGGCGUCGCUAGCAACAGCCGCCUGGCACGCGAUCGCAUCGAUCGCAUGUCCGCCGAGGUGGUGGACUCCAAUCCGUACAGCCGCCUGAUGGCCCUGCAGCGGAUGAACAUCGUCAAGGACUACGAGCGCAUUCGCGACAAGGCGGUGGCCAUUGUGGGCGUGGGCGGCGUGGGAAGCGUCACCGCCGACAUGCUAACACGCUGCGGCAUUGGCAAACUGAUACUCUUCGACUACGACAAAGUGGAGCUGGCUAACAUGAACAGGCUGUUCUUUACGCCCGAUCAGGCGGGCCUCUCCAAAGUUGCGGCCGCCGCCGCCACGCUGAGCUUCAUCAAUCCGGACGUGGAGAUUGAGACGCACAACUACAAUAUCACAACGGUGGAGAACUUUGAUCGCUUCCUGGACACAAUAUCGCAGGGCGGUCGGAUAGCUGGCCAGCCGGUGGAUCUGGUGCUCAGCUGUGUGGACAAUUUUGAAGCACGAAUGGCAAUCAAUGCGGCGUGCAAUGAACGCAAUCUCAACUGGUUUGAGUCGGGCGUUUCGGAGAAUGCCGUCUCAGGGCACAUUCAGUUUAUCCGUCCUGGCGAUACCGCCUGUUUCGCUUGUGCACCACCCCUGGUGGUGGCCGAGAACAUCGACGAGAAGACGCUAAAGAGAGAGGGCGUGUGCGCCGCUUCGUUGCCCACAACUAUGGGCAUUACGGCUGGCUUCCUUGUCCAGAACGCACUGAAGUAUCUGCUGAAUUUCGGCGAGGUCUCUGACUAUCUGGGCUACAAUGCCCUCAGCGACUUCUUUCCCAAGAUGACGCUCAAACCGAAUCCGCAGUGCGAUGACAGGAACUGUAUAGUUCGGCAAAAGGAGUUCCAAGCCAGGCCCAAACCUGUUGUGAUCGAAGAGAAGGCAGUCAGCGAAGAGCCGCUGCAUGCCACCAACGAAUGGGGCAUCGAACUGGUCGCCGAGGAUGCGCCACAAAGUAAUCCAACGCCCGCCGAAACCCCAGUGAUGGGUGAAGGGCUGAGGCUCGCCUACGAGGCUCCUGAGAAGUCCAGCGAAACGUCAGAGGAAACUGUAACUGCAGCUACCGCGGACGAAACCAGUCUGGAAGACCUGAUGGCACAAAUGAAGUCCAUGUAAAUUGAUUCCGUACUCCGUAUUUAUACACUUUUUGUAAAACACACUGUUUUUUUUUUUUGGAUAAACUCCGCUUAGAUUUGUGUAAAA